GUCGAGAGCCAGCCCGUGUGGUGGGAGAGCUCGCCAGGGCCAUGGGGGGCUGCCCGCGGGGGCUCCCACUGCCGUGGGCAGUCCUGCUGCUGGCUCUCCAAGCUGGGACGUCCGAGCUCCCCAAGGCCGAGGUGACCCUGGACCCGCCCUGGAUCAACAUGCUCCAGGAGGACCAGGUGACGCUGCACUGCCAGGGCCCCCGAGGCCAGGGGGACUCCGACACCCACUGGCUCCACAACGGCAGCUCCGUGGCCGCCGAGGGGCAGCACAACCUGAGUUUCCGGGCCACCAGCGAGGCCAGCGGGGACUACAGCUGCCGGACUGACCACAGCCGCCUCAGCGACCCUGUGCGGCUGGCCGUGGUCUCGGACUGGCUGCUAGUGCAGACCCCCGCGCUGGAGUUCUGGGAGGGGGACCCCAUCGUGCUGAGGUGCCACAGCUGGAGGAACAAGCCUCUGGUCAAGAUCACCUUCUUCCAGGAUGGCGUCGCCAAGAGUUUUUCCCCCGGGAACCGGAACUUCUCCAUCCCGCGGGCCAACGCCAGUCACAGCGGCCAGUACCACUGCCGGGGCUUCAUCGGGAGGGCGGUCCACUCCUCGCAGCCUGUGGCCAUCUCCGUCCGAGAGCCCCCCUCCAGCCAAGGCUCACCUGCGAUGACCAUAGUGGCCGUGCUGGCCACCCUCACCGCGCUGGCCGUGGCCGUGGGUGCGGCCGCCUGGUGGUACCUUCGCCGGAAGCAGACGCCAGAUGCAGGACCUGCUGGUGAGGGGGCGCCCAGGAAGGAGGCCGUGAAGGGGGCGUGGCCGCUGCUCAGCGCUGCGGGGUCCCAGGGGAAGGGUGCCCUGCGUGCCGCCGGCCUGGACAUGCUGUCGUGUGACGGGCCCCCCGGGAGCAAGGACUGCGGCCCCCCGGAGCCCGGCGACGCCCCCCGCGCGGGCUACACCUUCAGCCAGCCCUUCCACCUGGUGGUCGCCUACGACUGGCUGGCCCUGCAGGGCCCGCCCGGGCCCGUAUUCGAGGGGGAUGCAUUGGUGCUGCGCUGCCAAGCGUGGCAGGACUGGCCGCUGGCCCACGUGACCUUCUACCGCGACAGCGGCCUGGGCCCGCCAGGCCCCGCCCGCGAGCUGACCAUCCCGGCCGCACAGCUGGGCGACAGUGGACGCUACCACUGCAGCGGCGUCUUCCAGAGCCCCGGGCGGCCUGGGGCUCCCGAAACGGCCUUGGCGGUGGCCAUCGUCGUCCAAGAGCUGUUCCCCGCCCCCACCCUCAGGGCCACCCCCCCUGAGCCCGCGGAGGGCGGCGCGGUGACCCUGAGCUGCCACACGGCGCUGUCCCCCCUGAGACCGGGCCGCCUGCUCUUCUCCUUCCACGGGGUGGGCGGGGCCGAGCGGGGGCCCAGGGCUGUCCCGGAGUUCCACGUCCCGCAGGCGCGCGCGGGCACCUACUGGUGCGAGGCGGCCACGGAGGACGGCCACGUGCGGAAGCAGAGCGCCAGGCUGGGGCUCCGGGUGCGGGGCCCAGCUAACGCGUCUGCAGCCACUGAAGCCGAGGAUUUCCUGGGGCCCCAGCGCCCUGGGGGCACCCCAACCUCCAAGGACCCGGGGGCCUCUCCCUGGAGGGGCCCCGACCCCCACCUGCACCACCGUUUGGGGGUCUUCCUCCAGCAGAUGCAGGACGUCAGAGCGCUCCUGGGCCACCUGCUGGUGGAGCUGAGGGAGCUGUCGGCGCGGCUGGGGCUGAAGGCCUCCACCGCCCCAGGGGCAGCCUAG